CAAAAUUUCAGUAACAAAGUGAACAAUCCGAAACUCACGACACCUCUCUCUCUCUCUCCCAGCUGGUUCGCGCGGCCACCAAACACAUCGCCUCGACUCCCCCCACCCCCACCUCCAGCGAUCUCCGCCGCCACCGUCCUGCCCGGAAUGGAGAAGUACCAGAGCAAGGCCCGGUUUGCACCCCUCAGUGAUGCUCCAUUUGCUCUCCGCGGUGCCCUUGGUAGCUCAAACUCAUCCUUCAACAACAUAGAUCAUCUGAGACAAUCCUCAAGUUCUGGACAAGCUAGGAGCUACACAUCUUCACCCCUAGGAGCUCUGAGACCAAAGAUGUUCCCAUCUGGAAACCGACUCCUGCACACAAGUCGUCCCCUGUCGGCUCCUGUUGCAAACCGCCCACUGUCACCCCAUCUCCCUUUGAAGAAGCCGCAGCUGAGUGCUACGUUCUCAAUCUCACACCGUAUUUUUGGUGCUGCCCUGGGAGCUGUCAUUAUAUCCAUUCCUCUUGCCACCAAAUUCAGCCUCAUGUUUGAUGUCUGAGAGCGAAAUGUAGCUUUCAUUAGCUGGGUUUCCUUGCAAAGAAUAACUUUGUUUCAUGCUUGUGGACAUAUAUGAGUAAUAAGCCAAACCAUCCAACGCUCCGUGUAAAAAGAUUUCAAUUUUGAAUGCUCUCUUUUCCCUAUGAAUCAGGGUGUUCUACUUUUAUACAAGUACUGUUUUCUCUGCUGUUUA